AUGAGUGGUAGUCAUACUGAUGAUGUGGAUUACUCGGACUGUUCACAUCGACGCUUUAAUCCACUCAAUGGCUCAUGGGUAUUGUGCUCACCCCAUAGAGCCAAACGUCCAUGGCUAGGACACAUUGAAACGCAAUCAACACUAGAUAUACCAUCCUAUCAACCAGAUUGUAAUUUAUGUCCAAAUAACCGACGAGUUAAUGGACAAGUCAAUCCAGAUUACUCUGCAAUCAUGGUAUUUGAUAAUGAUUUCCCUGCAAUCCAACGUGAAGCUCAAGAAUUGAACUAUACGAUGAGUACGGAUUUAUUUCAGAUUCAACCCGUUGCUGGUUAUGCUAGAGUGUUGUGUUUUUCACCCAACCAUAACCUUACUCUUGCUGAAAUGGAUGUCGAGUCGAUUGGUGUCGUGAUUGAUGCAUGGGUGAUGGAAACUGAUCGGAUGGUUCAAACAGGACAUGUCAAACAUGUUCAGAUAUUUGAAAAUAAAGGGGAUACUAUGGGUUGUUCUAAUCCACAUCCACAUUGUCAGGCAAGUCAUUCAUUCCAUUCAACAUUCAUAUGGGGUACUGAUUAUAUUCCUAAUGAGCCUAGUAAAGAAUUGGCUUGUAUGAAAGCGUAUCAAAUUAAACAUGCUUCGUGUUUGUUGUGCGAUUAUAUUCAUUCGGAAAUAGCUUCAUGUCCUACUUUGGGUAGCAGGGUUGUGUUUCAGACUGAUUACUUUGUUUGCUUGGUUCCAUUUUGGGCCGUGUGGCCUUUUGAAACGUUGAUUGUUGCUACCCAUCACGUUGGUCAGUUGAGUGAUCUGGAUCAGCAUGUUCGUGCUGAUCUUGCCAAAAUGAUCAAAGCAUUGACAUGCAAGUACGAUAACCUGUUUCAAGUAUCGUUUCCCUACUCUAUGGGUGUGCAUCAAUCGCCCUUUGGUGAGGCAGAUUGUACCAUGCAUUUACAUUUGCAUUUUUAUCCACCAUUACUACGCAGUGCUAGUGUGCGCAAGUUCCUUGUCGGGUUUGAAAUGUUGGCCGAGGCUCAACGAGAUCUGACCCCCGAAACCGCUGCUGCAAAGCUCCGUGAUUGUCCAACACAACACUAUCAAUCAAAAAUAACCAUGUCCAAUACAAGCUUAGAAUAA